AAAACUGGAGGAUUGUGACGUCACGGGCGCCAUGUUGGAACGCUGCUCUUGUCUCGGAGGCCGUAAACUCAUCUGCUUUCUGUUUCCUGUUAGGCUCAGAAGAAGGAGAGACAGAGUACAAAACCCAAUACAGUAAUUUAUCUUUUUAAAACAUGGAAAUCGACACUCUUCUGGAAGCAGUUAAAGAAUUUGAAAAGAAGGGAAAGAAGGAAGCCUGUCCUGUACUGGAUCAGUUUCUGUGUCAUGUUGCAAAAAGUGGCGAAACAAUGAUUCAGUGGUCACAGUUUAAGAGUUAUUUCCUUUUUAAGCUGGAGAAAGUGAUGGAUGACUUCAGAGCUUCAGCGCCUGAGCAAAGAGGCCCUGCUAAUCCCAAUGUUGAGUACAUUCCUUAUGAGGACAUGAAAGAGAGAAUUCUGAAAAUUGUUAAUGGCUACAAUGGUAUUCCUUUUACCAUUCAGAGGCUGUGUGAGUUGCUGACUGACCCUAAGAAAAAUUAUGCAGGGACGGACAAAUUUCUCAGAGGUGUGGAAAAGAAUGUCAUGGUUGUGAGCUGUGUGUAUCCUUCUUCAGAAAAAAAUGGGUCAACUAAUUUAAACAGAAUGAAUGGAGUAAUGUUUCCUGCUAAUUCCUCAGGUUAUUCUGAUAGGAUUAAUAUAAAUGGUCCUGGAACACCAAGGCCAGCGAAUAGGACAAAAUUUUCUUUGUCAGUUCCUUUAACAGCAAAUGGUUUGCCUGACAGUACAGAAAACAAAGAAUCCACAGUUGAACAUGAACCUAGAGUUCACAGUGAGCUACAAACAGAUAAAGAAAGUGAUUCAAGUAAUUCUGUCAAAAAUAAACACCUUGAAGAGGAUGACACCAUGAGUGACGGGCAUGAAGUUAAAAGGCUAAAGUUUGAUAAAGAUGAAGAUGAAGAGGAUGAGAUUGCAGGUUCUCAAUCAGAAUCCAGCUCUUCAGAUUCCGUUUCAGUCAAUGUAACUUCAGAAAUUCCAUCAUUUCAAAAAAACAGUCAGUGUGUUGAGCAAAACAGUUCUGAACAAGAUUCUCAAGACAUACAGACAGAUGAAUCAAAUAAGAUGGAAAAUGAAGAAGCUGAAAGUGUGAACUCUGCUAACCUUGAUUCCACAGAAAAUAGUGAGAUGGACUACUCAGAACAACAAUAUCGUUCAAAUGAAGAAUUAAAUGUUGAAGUUAAACAAACUGAAAUACACAACGUAGUCAUUAGCAGAAGUGAAGCAUGUUGUGGAAAAAAAGAAACGGAAGAAACUUUUUUUGCUGAAAAAGUUGUUAGUCCACCUGAAAUGGAAAAUAGCUCUAAAACUACAGAAAAUGUACAAGAGCCUGUGGAACAUAACUGACUGUAUGUAUGGUAUGGUGCAGUAUUUCUCAUUCUACACUGUAAAAAUAAAUGAGGGCCACCAUCCUUCCAGUGCUAUUGGUUCUCUAGACUUUUCAAAGAAAAAUAGCCUGAAUGAGCUAUGCAACCUUAGAACUGUGAACAAUGGCUCAUUCUGGUUAGUUAGGCCACUGAAUUUUUUUUAUUAUAUUAUUUUUGACCAGUGGUUUAUGUACAGAUUUUUAUUUAGAAUACAGAAUUUUUAAACUGGAAACUUGAUAUAGAUUCAAAAAAAAUUUUGAAGGUCACAACAUUUAACUGCAACUUUUUUGUCUGCAUUUUCUCAUUUUUGUGGUAAAUCUUUAACAAUUAGCAAAUGUUUUACCAUGAUUCACCUUACGGUUACAAUAAGAGAUUCCUUGUAUAAUUUAAAUACUAACUUUCAAAGUGUCAAGAGAGUGAAAUAAUAUAAUCUCACUUUUCCCUUUAGUCUUAAGAAUUUUGUCAGAAGAUUGCAUUUAUGUAAACUAUGUAAAGAAAAAUUAUGAAAAUUAGGUGCAAACAACACAUUCCAAAAAGUAUAAUUGUAAUAGUCAAAGUCUUCAAAUGGUUUAUUUAUCUUGAGUAAGUUUCCCCAUAGAGUUUACAUUUUAAUAAUCUGUAUUUUGAAGGUAUGGUUGUGCAACAAAUCUUUUUUUAAACAGAUUUCCAUUUAUUUGAAAUUUCUAAAAUAUUACUAACUCAUAUUUGGGAGAAUGUGUAUUAUAUUUGUGAAGAGACUGAUACGUGCAAUUUAACACAUGGACUAGACGAAGAGAAAUCUAUUUAAGGUAAAAUUAUAUAAGGAUUUUUUUUUUCUUGGAGAAAUAAUUUCCAGAAUACAUUAAACAACCAAUAUUCAUAUACAAUUUUUAUUACCUGCUUUUGGACACAAUAUUUUGACAGUCAAUGGUGGUUUUUCCUUUAUUAAAACCACCUUAAAGCACAAAACAUUUUUUAAUGUUCCAAACAUCUUGUAUGUUCCAAUUUUCUUUGGUUAUACUUCUCACAGUUUUUGGCUUCUAAGUUUCUACUUGUUUCAGAAGCUGUAGUUUUUGAUAUUUAGAAUUUUAAAAAUUAAAAUAGAUUUUGUAGAGUGUAAGUGUUCACUGCCUUUGUGAAAUAUUGUAUAAUUCUCUUGUAUUCAGAAUGCUUGGGCUUUCAAAACAGUAUUCAAAUAAGCAAUAAAUGUUGAUGUUCUCUGUGUGGGUAUGCUUUGUUUAUAUUCAUGAUUUUUUUAUUUGAACCUUUUGCAGCAAUAAAAGCUUUUCUGUUA